AUGAAAGAAGGAGAUGGAAGAGGACGAGAUAAGGAGAAAAGUGGUAAGGGAAAGCAGAAAGGGAGUAAAAUUGAAAAUCAGAAGAAGAAAAGGAAGGCAAAUACACUAGGUGUUAGCGGUAACUCGGAUUUCAGUGGAGAGGAGAGUUAUAUGUGUACUUUAGAAGAACGAGAUGAUAAAGAGUUUAAAGUAAUUAUUAAGUUUAAGGAUGAAGGUGGAGUGGAAGGUGUGUCUGGUUUCAGUACAGAUAAAGUGUCAGUGAUGGAGGGAGAUUCAGUCAUUCUACACCCUCAUAUUAAAACAAACCAACAGGUUAAAAUGAAAUGGUAUUUCAAUGACAUUUGCAUAGCUCAAAUCAAUAGAGAUUGCAGACAGGCCUGUACAGAUGUUCAGUGUGAAGAUGUUAAUGAGAGAUUCAGAGACAGACUGAAGCUGGAUCAUCAGACUGGAUCUCUGACCAUCACAAACAUCACAAACACAGACUCUGGAGAAUAUAAACUGAAGAUCACCAGCAAAAGCGGCAGAAUCAGUAGAAAGGCAUUCAUUGUUGCUUUAUAUGGUUUUGUUGGUGUUGAUACAAGAGAAGUGUCCAUGUUGGAGGGAGAUUCAGUCACUUUACACACUGAUGUUAAAGCAAACCAACAAAACAGAAUAACAUUUAGAUGGUAUUUUACUGGCUCUCAAAUAGCGGAAAUCACUGGAGAUCACACUGAUAUCUGUACAGAUGUUCAGUGUGAAGAUGCUUAUGGGAAAUUUAGAGGCAGACUUGCUAUGGAUCAUCAGACUGGAUCUCUGACAAUCACAAACACCAAAACCACAGACUCUGGACUUUAUAAACUACAGAUCAACAGCAGCAAAUUCAGCAUCAUAAAGACAUACAGUAUGCCGGAUACCUGCAGUGAAGCUUGCGUUCGCUGCUUCGGCUUCUUCCAUGGCAGUGAGCAGAGCUGGAGCUUAUUCCACGGCUUAUUCUUGCAGAAGUGUCAGCGAAGAGAUUAUCCUCGUCGAUGA